AUAUCGAUAUUGGGCAUUUCGAUCAUUAACAAGGAAUUGCUUUUUACCUCUACUUUUACUUUCGCUUUGUUGCUUCCUCAGCAUCGAAACAAUCUUACUACCUAGGCUAAGUACCUUCAAAAUCACCAAUCGCAAUGAGCUCCUACGAUCCAGAGCCCCAGAAGCUCUGGAUAGAAACGCCAUGCAUACCAUCACCGGCGCUUUCGCGAGCGGCAGGCUGUAACAUAUUCCUCAAGCUAGAGAACCUUCAACCCUCGGGCUCUUUCAAGUCGCGGGGCGUGGGGACCAUGAUGUACCGGGCGAUGCUGGCGCAGGCCGCCGACAAGGUGCACUUCUACUGCUCGUCCGGCGGCAACGCGGGGCUCGCGUGCGCGACCGCCGCCGCCGUCCUAGGCCAGCCCUGCACCAUCGUUGUGCCCCUGAGCACCUCGGCGCUCAUCGUGGACAAGCUGCGCCUCCUCGGCGCCUCAGUCCACCAAAUCGGCAUGCACUGGGCCCAAGCCGACGCGCACCUGCGCACGAAUCUCGUCGCCCACGACCCCGUCGGCAUCUACGUGCCGCCCUUCGACCACCCGGACAUCUGGGAAGGGGCCAGCACCAUCGUCGACGAGCUGUCCUCCGCCCCCGCCCCCUCCACCAUCGACUGCAUCGUCUGCAGCUGCGGCGGCGGCGGCCUGCUCAACGGGAUCAUGGAGGGCGUGGAGAGGAACUACCGCUGCAAGGAGUGGGAGUGGGGGGAGGAGGAGGGGAGGGAGAGGAAGAAGAGGCGGCCGAUGGUGCUGGCCGUCGAGACGUUCGGCGCGGACAGCCUGAACGUGAGCGUGCGCGCGGGCCACCACGUGACGCUGCCGGAGAUCACGAGCAUCGCGACGAGCCUCGGCGCGCAGCGCGUGUCCGAGCGCACGUUCCGCUGGGCGCGGGAGGCGCCGUAUCUGAAGAACGAGGUGGUGACGGAUGCCGAGGCCGUGAUGGGGUCGUGUCGGUUCGCGGAUGACGCGCGUUUGCUGGUGGAGGUCGCGUGCGGCGCGACCAUUGCUGCGGUGUUAAAUGGGCAUCUGAGGAGGGUGAUGAUAAUGGAGGGGGAGGUGAGGAGCGAGGAGGAGUGGAGGAGGAAGAAUGUGGUGGUGAUUGUGUGUGGGGGGUCGAAUGUUACGUUGGAGUUGUUGAGGAAGUAUAAGGAGACGUAUGGGGUAUAGUAAAUAGGUACUAGAGAUAAUAGACAGGCUAAAGCCGCCUAGAUGUUCAGG